CUGGCGGUGGAGGAGGCAGCGCGGCCCCUGGAAGUGACUGCGAGGAGCGGGCGGGACGGCCAGGAGGGCGGUUCUCCAGGGAGGACACUCCCAGGGGCUCCUUAGGGAGAGCAGCUGGAAGGAGAGGAAGCUCAAGUGAAAAUGCAAUGAGCUCAGAAGCCUUGUUCUAAGGCAAAGCCCUGUAAACCUUUUUUAUUUAAAACUCGAGGCCUGACUUGCACGAAAUUCAUGCAAGAGGAGGCCUUCCUUCCCCCAGCUGCCCCCACCGGCUUCCCUCUCGCACUUGGGACCUAGGCUGCCCUCGCAGCCCUGGCUUUGUCCGGAAGGACAUCUGGUCUAAUUAGCAUAUUAUGCUUUUAUUAUGAUAGAUGAUUAUAGAUGUUUGCAGCCAAAAAGGAAAACCAAGUUAGGAGGGAGGAUUUUGCAUUUAACUAUUUCAAAUUAUUGUAUAGUUCUAUUAAAUAAUAACAGUAUAUCAAAUAGUGAUGCUUUUUACAUUUUACCCCAUGAGGAAUUUUACUGUGUUUAUCUUGAGCUGCUAUUACGAUAAUUGUCCUGCCUGAAGGAUCAAGUUUUACCCAUUUAAGGGAUUUUAUAUAGAGUUUUGCUCACAUAUAUGAUACACAGGGUAAUAAUUCAGUAAAAACGGAAAAUACACAGCUAAAAUUCUCUGAGGUCUAAAAACCACUAAUAGUUGUUGGUGUAAUAUCAUCUUAAAAAGAGGAGGACAUGGAACUUUUUAAUGACCAAAUUGUCAAGCAAUGUCUGUGUUUUGGUGUACCUCCUCUUAAACAACCAUAUGCCCCCAAAUCACACUGAGGAAUGACUAUAGGGGUUUUAUUGACCUUUUACUCUGGACUAGUUGCCACUGCCACUUUCCCGCGUCAGCUCCUCCCUCAGUCUCGAAGGCCUGAAUUUCAGAUUCCUACUUUCUUCCUCUUCGCCAGAGAACAGUCUAAACAGAGUGUCACAUACUUUUCGAUGGUAUUGGUCUUGAUUUUUCUAGACACGCGCACCCCCACACCUAAGUGCUGGCUGGUUGGCAAAAGUCACCUCCUCUAUCCUUCCUGCAUUUCCAGGAUUGGUUCCACGGGACUAAACAAACUUUUCAUCUCCACUGGACAGCCAGCUGGCUACACCAAAGUAUUUACUCUGCACUAGUUUGGAUAUGAAUCAAAGCAGCGAUGGAUGUGUGAAAAAGAUUAGCAGUGUGAAUCUUGACAAACUUAUAAAUGACUUCUCACAGAUAGAAAAGAAAAUGGUAGAAACUUCUGGAAGGAACAACAUACUGAAUAUGCAGUUGGAAAAAGCUAACUAUUUAUUAAAAGGGAUGCAAACAAAUGAGGCCUCACUUAAAGAAGAAUGUGCUACUCUUCAUAAUAUGGUAAAAGGGCUACAACAGACCAUUGAAUAUCAACAUAAUUUGAAAGGUAAAAAUGAACAACUGAAAAGAAAUGCUGAUAUUAUGAAAGAAAAGUUAAAAUCUCAUGAGCAGGAAUAUAAGAAUAGCAUUGCCAAACUUAUAAGUGAAAUGAAAAUCAAAGAGGAAGGACAUAAGACAGAAUUAAGGAAACUUUACCAGGAUAUGCAGAAAAAAGUUGAAUUAAAUGAAGAAAAGAAUAAAGAACUGGUAGAGAAAAUGGAGAUGGAAAUCUCAGAGUUAAAUGCAAAGUUAAAAAUUCAAGAGAAGGAAAAACAAACUGAAAUAAUCAAACUACAGCUAGAGUUUGAUGCCAAACUAGCAAGAGUUCAAACUAAACCAAAAUCAUAUCCAGAUUCUACUGUUUUGCCACAAAGUAUCUACAGAAGGAAGCUUCAACAUCUUCAAGAAGAAAAAAACAAGGAGAUUGCAACUCUUCGUAACACCAUUCGAGAACUGGAGCAGCGCCUCUCUGUUGGCAAGGAUCCUCACCUUAAACGUAGACGGUUUUAAGGACAGCAGUAAAUUCAUUUGUUGCUAUUUAACUCCUUUAAAAGCAGUUGAAAACUUUACUUCUGUUGUUAAUAUAAUAAACUGCCUAAAUAAUAACAAUGUAAGAGACAGCUUUAGACAUUUUAAAUUGAGUUUAUUGAAAUAAAUCCACACUUUGGCCAACUA